GGCCGCCCAGCCUGCCGCCGCGCAGCCCCGGGACCCCUGGCGGCUCGGGCGCCCUAACGGCUCCCAGGCCGCCCUGCGCCGUUGCCAUGGCGACCGGGCGAGCGGCCGGAAGCGCGGCCUAGCGGGUCCCCCGCCCGCCUCCCGGUAGCCGCGCCGCGUCCCAGGCCAGGUGAUGACCUGGGGAGAGCAGGGCCGGCCGGCGGUUGGGCUCUCUGCAGCGCCCCGAGCGCUCUGACCGGAUGGGCCCGGGCAGGCCAGCCGCUGCCGGGGCUCACCUGGCAGCCUGCGUCCAGCUACAUGGGAGCAGCGACCCCAGGACCCUCCAGGCCCAGAACCAGCUGCAGUUCAGCAGGAGCAUGCCCGAGCACGCCGGUACCCUGGCCGUGCGCUACUCCUGCCCGCACGCCAUCCGGAUCGAGAAGCUGAAGCACUCGUACCGCGAGUCUUACGGCCGUGAGGAUGCGGGCUGGCAUGGCGGUGGCCACGGGAGCGGCUCGGCCUCGUUCUCCGUCAUCUCGGAGGAGCGGCUCAGCUACGCCGUGCACCUGGCCAAGAGGGACGUGAAGCGCAGGCAGCUGGAGGAGCGUGUCGGGCGGUGCCGGCUCGGCGGGGAGCCCCGGCUCUCUCGUCCGCACAAGGUCCCCGAGCCCAGCGUGCAGAGGAAGGAACCGGGGAGCCGGGACAUGUGUCCUUGCGGCCACCAGCCGUCCACGGUGGGAACGUCCUGCGCGGGUGCCAAGGUGUAUCUGUACACACCUCGUCCGGCCCAGGCCCACCUGGCUGUGCCCCACUCGCCCCCCACCCGUGACCCAGGCCUGGAGCCCCGCCCCAAGCUCGGCAGCCAUCAGCAGCUGCUGGACGUGCAGCGGCUCCGGAGGGAGCUGAGCGCUUGCAUCCACAAGAUGGAAGAGGUCACGAAGAAAGACAGGUUGCAAGUGGCUUUGGACCCUGAUGAGGAGCGGCGCGCCCGCGUCAGGAGGCAGGAACAGGCCGUGAGCUCGGCCCGGAUGCUGUAUGUCCUGCAGCAGCAGGUGAAGGAGAUCCAGGAAGAGUUGGAUAAAUUGAGCCCACGUGAGACCAGACACACGAAGAAGUCAUGGGCCAUGUCGCGGCUGGCGGCUGCCCACCGAGGAGCCAUCCGGGCCUUACAGGUGUUGGUGACGCAGCUUACAGACCGCGGGGAGCACCCGGUCCCUGCGCGCUGCCGGGAGCUGGGUGGCCUCAUCCGCCAGCUCUCUCUCUGCUCCGCCAAGCUGCACGCCGACCCCUCCGUCCCUGACGUGGUUGCGGACAUCCUGCGACAGAUUGAGGCUUUGGAAUCCCUCCUGGAAAAGAAACUGUCACCGAAAAAGAAGAAAAGUUUCACGGAAAUUCAGAGCAGGUUUCCUGUUGGUGGCCACGGGGCCUUAGAGAGAUGGCAGGGUCCUUCGCCCAAGAGCGAGAGGAGACCCCUCGUAGCGAAGGAGACGUUUCCCGAGGAAGCAAGGUGGCCUUCGGGGGCGAAGACGCUCCUGGCUGGUAUGUGUCCUGAUGGGGCAGCGCCUGCUGCGACCUGGAGGUUGGAGAACGGGCUGGAUAUGAUGGGUGCAGAGAUCCUUCUGGAAGAAGCCCCGUCCGCUCCAGACCAUAGUGCCAGCUUCUCGGGGGAUCCACUGGCCCUGGAGAGAGCUGGAGUGGUGGCAGGGAGGCCCACGACCAGGAGUGUGGUGCUCCGGAAGGAGGAGGCCCGGGCGCCGGCGAGGCCACCUCAGAGACUGCACAGAGCUGGAAGAGGAGGACCGACCCGGUCCCAGAGCAGAAGCCGACUGCAGCGCACGACAGUGUCCUCCAGACUGAAAGUGAGCCAGCAGCCUGUGAAGGACAGCAGAGCCCCUUGGGUGCCUCCGAACCCCACGUCCCCGCCAGCAUCUCCCAAGUGCGCUGCCUGGCUGAAGGUGAAGCCGAGCCCCAAGAGUGCUGCAAAGGAAGCUUGGCCGCGGCAGGAUGAGGCUCGGGACGAGAGUCCGCGGAGGGACGCCGUCACGCAGGAAGCCGUGAGGCUCGCUUGGCUUGAUGCCGAAACUUCCAAAACCGUGAAGGAGCUGGAGGAACUGAAAGCCGGGGCCUCGGACGAGACACGGAGGCAGGGCGUGUUGGACACCCAGCUAGCAGACAAGGUAGAGAAGGCGGUCCUGGAGCGUUUGAAGCCUCUUCUGGUCACGGCCCAGAGGGUCAGCUCUUCUCAGGAAGCAGAUCGUCAGCCAAGGGACUGGCCGUCAGCGGACGUGGCAACCGGCCAGCCCGCGGAGGAGGCUGCAGCUUUGGACCGCGCACCCCACGGCCUUCACCAGCUGGGGGACUGUUUGGAAAACGCUGCCCACGGGCCCUGGGCCAUGACCCACCAUGGGGGCUCGGAGUCGGAAACCUCAGCGCCCAUGGGGGACGGCAGAGGCAGUCCGGAUCUGGAGAGCCUGAUGCUGCGGGUGGAGGAAAUGGAGAAAUACCGGGAGACAGUUUGCCAGAGAUACAGUAAAAUCGUAUAUGCUGAUCCUCACCUGUGGGGGCAGGAAGGAAAGACGGGGCAGGCACCCCCAGCAGUAAGUGAAAGGCCUCUUUCUCCUCAUCCAAUCAGGAUCACAAAGACUCCAGCUCGCAGAGACCACGACGUGAACAUCGUGUUGGAAGAACCCAGGAAUGCCAAUUCCCUGGACGAAAGCGUGGGGACGGAUGAGAGGUCUGAGAAGAGCAGGGCCCCCCUUGCGCGCCUCCCGGAAGAGUGUCCGCAGAAGGACGGCCAGACCACGCUGCACGUCCCCCCAGGCCUGCGGCACAGCAUUGGCGACUACUGUAGCCGCUUCGAGCGGUACCUCCGCCUGGUCGCGCACGAGGCUGUGGGCGCCUUCAACCCGUGGCUGUUGGCCGAGAGCUUCUCCGACGAGCUAGUGGAUGAAGCUCUGGGGGCUGUGGCCGCGGAGCUGGAGGAUGCGUGCGAGGACUACGCAGAAGCUGUGUUCACCUCGGAGUUCCUGGAGGCUGCGACCUGAGGGCUCCAUCUGCAGUGGACCUCCUCCCUGGGGUGCACGGGAGCCCCUGAGCCCGGCUGCCCUUCUGUGCCUCCUGGGUGCCUCCCACGGAGGGGGGGCCCCCUUUCCAU